AUGAACACCUCAACUGAUCCAGUUGAUAUGGCACAAUUAGAAAGGUGUUGGAAUGAAAUAAGGCAGCGUGGAAUCUGCAAUUUGUUUGGUCUACACUGGGAUGAAAUUGACAUUCGUAGUGGAGUAAAGCUGUGUAGACGAACUGGCCAGCUUAUUGGUUUUGAAGAUUUUACUCUACCAACUGAGCUAGAACUGGACGUAGAAUUGAAUGAGACCAGUCAGCCUUUAGAUGAGUCACACUUUGUGGAGGGAAAUGAAAACUACUACACAAGUGAUGAUGAAUCUGAUGACACACAUUAUGCCGACUCUGACUCGGAAAAUGAUUCAGCUAGAGUUCCAAAACCUAAGACUGCACGCCAAAUUUGUCAAUUCUUCUUAACCAGUCUUGAGGGAGAUUUUACAUGGCCAGUUGCUUCUUUUCCAGUUUACAGUGUCACCGCUGAAAAACUAAACAAACACAUGAUAUGGCCCCUCAUAAAAGCA